GGCGGGGUCCGUACUUUGGCCCCAGGUCUGCACGCUGCAGGAGGGGUCUGGGUUGGUGCCCAGUUGCUGGCUGGGCUGAGCCCGAGAUCACUGGGUAUAGUUGAGGGGCUGGGGGCCCGAGGGGCUGGGGACCCCAGGGCCCAGGGCAGAGGAGAAAGCCACAGUCUGUUGGGGGGCUGCCCAGACAAGCUGCUUUUCCGCCACCGGCCUGGGUCUGGGGGCACCAGCCCUUCCUGGGGCCUCGUUCCUCCUGGCCCCCUCCUCCUCCUGCCCGCCCCACCCCUCCCCCGCAGCCCUUAUAGCCACAUCCUGCAAGGAAAAACCCCAGACUCCUGCGCCGCCAGCGGAGAUGAGGAUGUGUGUGGAGGCUCAGCGGCCCAGGGCACCCUGUGCAGCCCUCCUGCUCCUCGGACUUGUGCUGGGCGCUGCAGCCGGGCAAAACUGUGUUGGGAACACCUACCCCAGUGGCGGCAGGUGCUGUCAAGAGUGUGAUCCAGGGUACGGGAUGGAGAGCCGCUGCACCCAACGCAAGGACACGGUGUGCCUCCCGUGCAAGCCCGGCUACUACAACGAGGCCACAAACUACGAGGCCUGCAAGCCCUGCACCCAGUGCAACCAGAGAAGUGGGAGCGAACCCAAGCAGAGAUGCACAUCCACACAGGACACCGUCUGCCGCUGCCGGCCUGGCACUCAGCCCAAGCAUGGCUACAAGCUGGGAGUUGACUGUGCCCCGUGCCCCCCAGGACACUUCUCUCCGGGCAACAACCAGGCCUGCAAGCCCUGGACCAACUGUACCUCGGUGGGAAAGCGCACUCUGCAGCUGGCCAGCAAUAGCUCGGAUGCUGUCUGUGAGGACAGAAGCCCUCCAGCCACACCACCCUGGGAGACCCAGGGUCCCCCAGCCUGGGCCCCCACCACCCAGCCCACCACUUCCUGGCCUAGGGUCUCACAGGGGCCCUCCACGCCCCCCACAGAGCCUCCCAGGGGCCCUGAGCUGGCCGCCAUCCUGGGCCUGGCCCUGGGCCUGGGCCUACUUGCCCCCGUGGCUGCUGUGCUGGCCCUGUUCCUGCACCACAGGGCCUGGAGGCUGCCACCCAACGUCCCCAAGCCCCCCGGAGGAAACAGCUUCCGGACCCCCAUCCAAGAGGAGCAUGCUGAUGCAAACUCCACCCUGGCCAAGAUCUGAGCAGCGUCUGCUGGGGUGGAGCCAGUGCCUCCUCUCCAGGCUGGGGCCCCAGAGGGUCCACCGGAUCUCAUGGGCAGUGGGAGCACUCCCAGGUGCAGGCCGCUGCACCCCAUCACCCCAUUGCCCCAUCACCCCAUUGCCCUAUCAUCCCAACACCAUCACUCCAUCACCCCAACAACCCACUGCCCAUUACCCCAACACCUCAUCACCCCAUCACCCCUUUGCCCCAUCACCUCAUUGUCCCAUCGCCCUGUCACCUCAUCAACCUAUGACCCAUAACCCCAUCACCCCAUUGUCCCAUCACCCCAUUAUCCCAUCACCCGUCACCCCCUUGCCCUGUCACCCCAUCACUUAAUCACUUCAUCAGCCCAUCAGCCCAUUGUCCCAUACCCCAUUGCCCAUGGCCCCAUAACACUAUGAUCCCAUUGCCCCAUGACCCUGUGACCUUGUCACCCCAUGGCCCCAGUGCCUGUCACCCUGCCCUGCUCCGUUUUAGGUGCUCCUGGGCUGGCCCCCUAGGGCUCUGCUAUGUAUGCUGUGCAUACUCCCUGCUCAGGGUGGUGCCCCAAUAAAUGACGUUGGCAGA